CAGUUCAGUAGUUCAGUUUGAGUUCCGUGUUGUUGUUUUGUUUCUGUCUGUUAGUUGAGGAAAUUAUUUUCACAACAGCCAGCAGCACUCACUCGCAAUCCAGCAGAAAGGAAAAGAAGCUUGUUCCAGUUUUAUGUUAAAGCAUUAGAAGUAAUUCGAACACCGUUUGAAAAUUCAGCUAAGUUAUAGACUAGGCCUAAGUAUGAACAUGGAACAUAUCAACAUAGCCUAAUGAGAAAGUUAACUAUCCAAGCCAAGCUGGACACACAGCUUGAACUUUCAGACUGAACUAUAACCAAUAAUACUAAACCAAAUUGGGAUAGACCUAUGUUUUUUGCAUUAUUUGUUAUCAAGAUCAAAAAUGAUAUCUGAAGAAACAAUGGAAUUGUAUGAUAGUGUUCAUGAACAUAGUGGCUUGUUACCCAAAUCAUCACCUUUAACGUUCUCGGGCUUUGAGAGAAACUUUUACCAGGAAACAACAGAAAAAGAAAUGAAUAUCAGUAUGUCUAGCAGAAAUGGCUAUUCUGGCAGCAACGCCUCAGAUGAUGAAGAGAGCAUAUCUUUAGGAUCUUUAACGCACAGUCACACUAGUAAGUCUUCCCAUAGCCUGACCAAUCUGUCUGAAGAAGGAGAAAUAUCAAUAUCUCCUGAAAAAUAUUGUACUUCCAAUGUGAAAUCCUGUGGUGCAUUUUCGUUCGAACAAGUCAAGGACAUAUCUGAAGAAAAAAUUGCCGAGCUUAAAGCAUUACAAAGUAAAGUCAAUGAGGCUUAUGCCAACUAUAGGAUAAACAAAUUUGUUUUAGACACAAUAAAAACAAAGUCUACUUCGUGGGCUAAGCAAAUCAAGGCAGUUACCCAAUAUUCUGAUAUUGAAGAAAAAGUUUCUUUGAAGUGCAAAAAUGGCGAGGUUAUCCAUCUUUUAGGCUUAGAAAAAGAGGAUCUCAAACCAAGCACAAGCAGAUCAAUGGCGUUGAUAAACAAGUCCGCAUUCCAUAGUAACUGUGUGAAAGUAGUGGAAUCAAACAUUGCUAAAUUGAAGCUACAAAAACAAACUUUACAAGAUGAAUUUGGAGCACACAGCAUGAAAGCAGUGGCAGGCAUACUUACAAGAGAGAAGAAAGAACAGUUUGAACUGUACAGAGGUGUGGAAGAUUUGCAAAAUCAGGUGCGACAACUAAUCAGUAGCAGCUCAUCAAUAGUACAACAGUUAGCAACACUGAGGCAUGACUCCAGUUACCACUUGCAGACUGCCACGUUUGACUUGUUGCAAAAGAAAGCAGUUUAUAUCAACACCACUAUUAGUGCCUUAAAAGAAAAAUUGGAUCAGUGUUUGUUUGUGGAUGAAAAUGUGAAGGAAAAAAUGGACACAGAGGGAGAUAAUUUGAAGAUUCAAAUAGCAGAAAUGGGAACUGAACUUAAGGCUUUGCAGAAAACACUGAAGGAAUAUGAGAAGAGGGAAGCAGAGUCUGUCAGAUACAAAGAUUUGAUUGCAGAGUACGGGAAACUGAAAAAGCAUUUAGAUCUAAAAAGAGAGACUUUGAAAUUGCUUGAUGAGCCAAAUAUGUCCUUCUGAUUGGUUAUCAGGAAAUGGAAUUUUUAUUGAUUUGUAAAUUGUGUAUCUUGUAUCAUAAUCUCAUUUUUCAAUAAUUUAUACUGUGAAAGAUUGUUAUUAAAAGUUAGUUUUGUAGAA